UGCGCACGCGCUUGACGUAAGAUAAUUUUGAACACAGCGCGAAAUUCGACGGCCUGUUGGUGUGAAGCGGAGCCGAACCGAACCGACUCUAGUGUCCGCGUUGAUUUGGACCUGCUUCUGAACCGGUUCUAGUUGUCGAGUUCGAAUGCACAUACCGGACUUGCCUGGGUGGACCGGAAACGGGCUGGUACUGCUUUUGUCACGUUAACGAUAGGUCCUGCUCAGGAAUGUCCGACCUUGAAGACAUCAGUCGACACUUUCAAGAAAAACUAUGGAGCUUGCAGCAGAUGCUGGAUCUGUCGGUUGUAGAAUUGCCUCAAAUCAAGAUGAAGAAAUUUGGACAAGAACUGUGUGGACUGGAAGGGCUCCUGGAGGAGUUGGAACGAUGUGUUGAUGAGCAGAAGCAGCAGCUGAAGAACCUGAAGGAGAUGCAGGACGUCUACCAGCAGGCUCUGCAGGACAUGCAGCACAUGAAGAACAACGUGCCACCUCACAUUCCCAAGAAGAAGACUGGUGUCAAUGCAAAUGAGGCAGGCAAGGACAGUGUGGACAGUCAGCCGGCCCCUGCGCAGAACCUCAAAAAGACCAGCAGGAGUUUCAUCAAGGAGAUGGGCUUCAUCACAACCCUGGAGUUUGAGGGCAUCCCUCAGUACAUGAAAGGCCGCGUGUCCUACGAGCAGCUGAAUGCUGCGGUGAGCAGCAUGAACGCCGCUGCAACCGCUAAAUACAAGAUCUUCCACCAGUCUGUGAAAGGUCUGAGCAACCACGCUCGCAAGCUUCACCAGCGCUUCAAGGAACAGGAGACCAAAGAGACCAAAGGUCAGUUCUUUGUGGUGGAGGAGGACAUUCGAGAGUUUACCCAGAUGAAGGUGGACAAACGCUUCCAGGGGAUCCUGAACAUGCUGCGGCACUGCCAGCGCCUACGCGAGCUCCGGGGUGGCGGCCUGACCCGGUACCUGUUUCUGUGAGGCGAGCUUGCUUCUUGGCUUCUGGAAGGUUAAAGGUGAAAGACUGUGUUGUGCUUGUUGGUAUUUCAGAGUGCACUUGUAAUGUAAAGAGUUAGGUCUUUCAUAGACUGUUCAUCAGUGCUCUGCAUUUUUAUUUUAUGUAUUUUGUUCCGUUAUUUGUUUGGGUUUAGUCUAAGCUUGUUCUGUACAUAUUUACACUAAAGUGUAGCUUUUCAUUGUUUUCAAUAAACAAACAUUUUCCCUCAUGAA